AUGGCUGACAUUAACGUUGAUGUCUUGGUUAUCGGCGCCGGCCCGACCGGUCUUGGUGCUGCGAAGCGUCUCAACCAGAUCAACGGCCCCUCAUGGCUGCUCGUUGACUCUGCCGACAGGGCUGGCGGUCUUGCCUCGACCGAUGUGACCCCCGAGGGCUUCCUCUACGAUGUCGGUGGUCACGUUAUUUUCUCCCACUACAAGUACUUCGACGACUGCAUCGACGAGGCCUUACCCAAGGACGAUGACUGGUUCACCCACCAGCGUAUCUCCUAUGUCCGUUACAAGGGCCUUUGGGUACCCUACCCCUUCCAGAACAACAUCUCCAUGUUGCCAAAGGAGGACCAGGUCAAAUGCAUGAACGGCCUUAUUGACGCUGCCCUCGAGUGCCGCGUCGCCAACACCAAGCCCAAGGACUUCGACGAGUGGAUUCUCCGCAACUGCGGUGAGGGCGUUGCCGAUAUUUUCAUGCGCCCUUACAACUACAAGGUUUGGGCUGUUCCUACCACCAAGAUGCAAUGCCAAUGGCUCGGAGAGCGUGUCGCUGCCCCCAACCUGAAGCUCGUCACCGAGAAUGUCGUCCUAAACAAGGUCGCCGGUAACUGGGGUCCUAACGCCACCUUCCGCUUCCCCGCUCGCGACGGUACCGGUGGUAUCUGGAUCGCUGUUGCAAACACUUUGCCUCAGGACAAGAUCCGCCUGGGCGAGAAGGGCUCCGUCGAGAAGGUUGACGCUCAGGGCAAGGUUGUCACUCUCAAGGAUGGCACCACUGUCAAGUACAACAAGCUCGUCUCUACCAUGAACGUAGACCAGCUCGUUGAGAGGAUGGGCAACCAGGAGCUUGUCAGCCUGUCCAAGGGUCUCUUCUACUCUACUACCCACGUCAUUGGUGUCGGUCUCCGUGGCGCCCGCCCUGAGCGCAUUGGCGACAAGUGCUGGCUGUACUUCCCUGAGGACAACUGCCCCUUCUACCGCGCCACCAUCUUCUCCAACUACUCUCCGUACAACCAGCCCGAGGACAGCAAGAAGCUGCCCACCCUCUACUUGGCCAACGGCAGCAAGGCUGAGUCUACCGAGGCCAAGGAAGGCCCCUACUGGUCCAUCAUGUUGGAGGUUUCCGAGUCUUCCAUGAAACCUGUCGACCAGGAGAAGAUCCUCGAGCAAUGCAUCCAGGGUCUCAUCAACACCGAUAUGAUCAAGCCUGAGGACGAGAUCGUUUCCACAUACCACCGCCGCUUCGACCACGGCUACCCCACUCCCUCGCUCGAGAGAGAGGGCGUCCUCAAGGACCUCCUGCCUAAGCUUCAGGGCUUGGACAUUUACUCCCGUGGCCGCUUCGGCAGCUGGAGGUACGAGGUCGGCAAUCAGGACCACUCGUUCAUGCUCGGUGUUGAGGCUGCCGACAACAUUGUGAACGGUGCCGUCGAGCUCACGCUCAACUACCCCGACUUCGUCAACACUCGCCGCAACGAGGAGCGUCGUCUGGCUCAGUCGUACAACUUUGCCUCCAACGCCAACGGCACAGCACUCCCCUCGCACAGCAAGUAA